GACGGGCAGCUUGAGUCAUUUCACUUUCUGUAGGUCACAAGUUCUUCUUGACAAAAGGCAGAAAAUGGAGAACGGCUUAAUAUAAUGCAUAUGCAAAAAAAGAAAAUCUACUUCCAGUAACCAGGUUAGCGCUGCACUGGUUACAUUGUUUCUUAUGACUGUUUUGUGUGUACCAACACUUUCAGUUCUUCAUUUAUGGUCGAGUAGCUGUUGGUUCGUCAUCAUUCCUCAUAUUCUGUUUAAAGGGGUUUCCCACACAAAGGAGCUCCUGCUCUUUUCUACAGUCCAGCUUACUGUUUAGUGCUGUUUCACUUCCAGCUAUUAAAUAUGAAUAAUACACAGAGACAAAAUCGAUACUCCUGCACAAAAACAUAUCUUUGCAAUGCAAAAAACUUCUGUUUUUAAGAAUUAUUUGGGAAACUUACGCAACCUUAAACAUCCUAACAAGGGAGAGCACCUCACAUAUAAUGAGCAUCUCUUUGAAAUGUUUUGUAAGUGUUUUCAUAGGAAUGCUCACACUACACUUGUGGUCACAUGCUACAGUUGCUUGGGGUCACACAAGCCCUGUCUAAAGAUCAAAUCUGUUUGAUAUUCUCGAGUCCCUGACUAACUUAAGACUGGACUGUGAGAGCUGCAACUGAGACCAUCUCACAUUAAACGGCUGUUGGAGGCGGGGAUUUCCUUUACAACUGCAAAAUUGUCACUAAAAGUCCUGCAGUGUGUGCUAGGCAUGAACAGGAAAUACCCUGCAAACUGAAACCCUUUCAGGUGAAGACUGUGGGCAGUUUGCCAGGAUUCAAUUCCACACUAGGGAAUGUGUCACUGCACUAAGAGUGCUUACUUCAGCCUCCUACACAAACCAACUUUGUUCCGAUUCCAAAAUCACAAAACAAAGGAGGAAAUCAUGAAAAGUUGUGUUGAGAUAUUUCUUCUACAUUCUCUGAUGCCAAUAGCUGGUGAUCAAAUGGUGUGUUUUUUUGUGGCAGGUCAUUAAAUUGAUAGCAGGUCAUUAAAGUAACUCUUUUCUGUAUGAUUGUGCAUUGUGAUGUAAAACAAUUGUGAGACUAAAAGAGUAAAAGAAAACCUGCUUUUACGUCAGCUUUUUCAUUAAGCUCCCUUGUUUAUCUUGCCUCUAUUUAAGUCAACAAACAAAUGCCUCUAUGUGUUUUGCAAUAUUACCAAGUUAACACAAUUGUCAGUCUCAGUCUUAUUAUUAGAAUGACUAGUACAGGAAAUAGGUGUAAUUCUUUGAUAUGAGAGUUGUAGGAGGCCUGCCCUGUUGGUCUGUGAGAGACUGCACACACAGUCUCUGUUAACACCAUUCACACAAAUUGAAACUGCCAGAGUUCCAGCGCUUGCAUACUUCUGGUAACUCAAGUCGAGAAAAAGAAAGAUGAGCGAAGAAAAGAUGCAUCAAAUUUCCAAGACCAGGUUGCAAGAUGAAAGCCUCGUGGUUUCUGUGGUGAGAGCUGGCCAGGCGAUAGCAUCAACCCGGCACGCCACCAGCAAUCAUAUUGAGCCUGCUUUAUCAACAUGUUGACAUCAACGGCUCCUACGCACUUUUCCGAAAUUUGACUGUGGUGGAAAUUUAGAUAGGGUGUUUACUGCCAGUGUGUCACAGCAGAGUUUAUAUACUUUCUUCAGAGUGCGCCUGGGAAAACAUGCUCUUUCCUGAUUUGGUCUCACUAGUUUUGCUAUAAUUAUGCAACUCUCAUUCACACAGUUAUGAGUUUGUUGUACUUAUUGUAUUGAAUACGUCAUUUGUUUUUCCUUAGUUCUUCUUUCUUUCAGUUGGUACAACUUAUCUAAAAAUAUCCAUAUUUAUAUUAUCACCAAAGAUGCUGAAUAAGAAGCCAUUAUUUCCAGUAUUUACCACACCACGGUGUAGUAAUUGUUUACAAACAAAAAAUGUUUUUAUGAUCAGUUUUUGUCUAACCGUCUUAUUGACAGUGAAUACUGCCUGUUGGUUGUUGCCGCUGUUGGUUAACUGUGUCUCUGUCUCUGUUUCCGUUGCACAAACGAGUCUGAGACCACUGCACAAAUGAGAUGUAUUGGUUAGUUGGGAAUUUAUUUUCGGGCACACUGUUGAAAUCAGCCUGCGGUGUGGCCGCGUCUCAUUCUCAGAAUCAUUAUCAGUUGCAGUCAGACCCUCCAACCCCCCGGAACCCACAUACUCAACAAGUCACUUAUGCAUGUGUUCUCAGAUGCUAUACAUUGCUCACCUCAAAAGUUUUAGUUCUACACCCACAAGAUGGUCAUGAUAAUGUCUAUGUUGAAUGAUAAAUAGCAAUGGUAUCAAAAAGUUUUUUUUUUUUUUUUUGCGCCCCAAUGUUUCAAUUUCAUCACAAAUGCGAAACAGAUCAAUCAAAAAUCUUAACACAGUCAGUUUUUUAAAAAUACAUGAGAGAAUUGAAAAAUCCAUAUAUUCUAUCAUCAUUAAUUUCAUGUUGAAAUUAACUUGUCAAUUACACAAGCAGCAUUUAUGAUGGCUGAGAUUGUUGCUUCCUUACAAGAAUUGUGCAGAGCAUCCAUGUUCAUAGAUGGCAAGGCUAUGGAUGGAUUGAUGAAGGGCCAGAGGUACAGGAGUCAGACCGUGUUUGGAAAGUUCAUUUUAAAAAGUCAGUCAGGGACAGCAUAGGUAAUGUUGGCGAUAAUGGAAUGUGAUUUUUUAAACCAGUGAGAAUAUCGGCAAUGGCAAAGCAGGCAAGAAAAAUGCGAUUAACAUCUAUAUAUGCAUUGUAUGAGGGGAGAAGAAUUCUGGCUGUCUAUUUUCUAUUUGUGCCCAUAAACCACCUCUUUUGUCUCCACAAUGUACAGCAUAUUUUUUUGCUUGCCUACAUAAUUCUGAAAGCUUAAUUAUUUUGAUAUGAACCUAUUUUUGGCAAGAGUGACCUUGCCUGCCAACAUUUGUGUCUGUGGCUUUUUCGGAUUGGAUUAUGGUCAUUGUGACUCCAUCCAGGGCCGCAAGGUCUGGACCUAGAGUCCCAGAGCCACAAGGUCUGGACCUACAAUCCCAGAGCUGCAAGGUCUGGACCUACAAUCCCAGAGCCGCGAGGUCUGGACCUACAAUCCCAGAGCCACAAGGUGGCUGAAGUUGUGGGCCCGGUAGAAGCGUGCUGCCUGAACCUCAGUCAGCAAAACUGUGAGAUGGAGCUCUCCCACCCCACCAGUGGCGUAGAAGAACUACACAGGGCCAGCCAAUCAGAGGAAGAGGAGAAGAGUUUUGUGUCCAGUCUGUACAGUUUCAUGAAGGAUAAGGGCACACCCAUUGACCGGAUACCACACCUGGGCUUCAAACAGAUUAACCUCUGGAGAAUCUACAAAGCUGUGGAAAAACUUGGUGGAUAUGACUCUGUGACAGCCCAGCGGCUGUGGAAGAACGUGUAUGAUGAGCUGGGUGGCAGCCCCGGCAGCACUAGUGCUGCCACCUGCACCCGCAGGCACUAUGAGAGGCUUGUGCUGCCCUUUGAGAGGCAGAUUAGAGGAGAGGAGGACAAGCCCCUGCCCCCCACCAAGCCUCGGAAACAGUAUAAGAAAAGUCUGGAGGGCAAGAGUGGGAAACCCGAGGGCAAGAGGAAGAGGAGCCAGCAGGAGGGGGAAAGUGAGGGGCGCGCUGAGGCCCAGGGGAAGCCAGUGGAGGAAGGGAAGUGCCUGCACUCGACUGGGCCACGCUGCAGGCCGGAGAUAGAGGCGCCCGUGUCAAAGGACCAACCUGCUGCGGUUUCCCAGCCAGUUAAGAGCCUCUUCGCCAGUGUCCAGUCCUCAGGAACGGAGGUCAUCUCCCCUCUGGAGAAGAAGAAGCGUGUGGCCCAGGCCAGCCUCACCCUCUCCCAGGCCGCUUCCAGCCCUGAGCAGGACAGCAGAGGGAGGCCCUCCGUCAUACACUGUGCCCAGUCCCCUGGGCUGCCCCCCACCGGCAGGACCCGCGAGUCUUCUGAAGGCUCCCCUAUACCUCACUCCUCCUCCUCCUCGCGUAGCCCAUCCCCCUGCUCUGUCUCCUCUGAAGACUGCCUCCCUGCCCCUGCUCCACAUAAACCGGCUCCUUCUGCUUACGUUAGUAAUUUCGCCUCCAUAGCCUACCACGGUGGGGUGUGCAAGCCAGUGAGCUGUUAUACCAGCGUCAAGGACUCUACUAGUCACCUCCAUCACCAUAGAGACAUCCGACAGCGGGGCCUGUUCGCCACUGACCUCGCGGUGGGUAAAGGGCAAACACCUGACUGGACCCUGGGCUGCAGAGGGGAGAAUGCUCCCCCUGCUCUCAAAACUCUCCCACCCACCUCCUCUACCUCAGCUGAAAUGGGCCCCAAAGCAUGCUGGGUCCCUCCUCAGUCCAGCUUCACCAAGGUGCUGCCAAAAUCUGGGGAGCAUUUGGGGCCCCUCUCCUUUCAGCCAGGCCACAAACUCAACCAGAACCAGAAGAGGCUUCCUCCAGAGGAUGGGUUGGCAUAUGGGAAGAAACUGCAAAUGGUUUCCCCUCUGCACCACGGAGAUGCCAAGGUGAGAUCCAAGCUGGCCUUGCCCAAACCACUGCCCACCCAGCAUUCUCUGCUCCACCCCCCUCCGAUAUCCUACUUAGUUCCAGCUUAUGAAAGGACCAGACCAGUCUCAGCCCACCAGCUCAAAGGACUCUCAGUACAUCCGCUCCUCCCCGCCCACCUGGCUGUACCUUCCCAGCCCGGCUCCAUCUACCGCCAUGUAAUGGCGGGAACUCCUUACGCAGUCCCCUACGAGACCUUCCCCCGUCCCCGUCCUUAUCAAAUUCCAUUCUGGCACCCCCAAGCUGGAUAUGCCAUUGCUGGCCUGAGCCCUCAUUAUCCUAACACUAAGCUGUGACUCCAGUAUUAUAAGUUGAAGCUCAAAUGUGAAGUACAUUAAUGUGGGGAUAUUUUAUGUCUUUGGAAUUGGAUCCAGUAGAUUUUCCAACACUCUGCUGGAAAUGCGUUCCAUGUGAAUGUUCUGUUGAGCCUGGAGAUUUGUAUCUACAUAGAAAAUGGAAGGACUCUUCUCUGAUGGGCAAGGUCUUUGUUGAGCGAAGAGACAGGAUUAAAAUGGCCAUAGUAAAAUUUAAAUGAAAGGGCUGUCUAUUGUGGACCAUGUAUCUUGGACCAAAAACUGUUAAAGUAAAAUUGACAGCUGUAGUUUCAAAAAAGCAAUAAAACUACUGAUAUUUCCCUGAACCUUGCCCAAACACACCACUUUUUUUCUUGUUGCAUUUAGGGCCCAACGGCAUGGUUGAAUUGAAUAAACAUUUAUUUCUGUCUUAA